AUGUCCCCGAGCGAACCUGUUACUGUUGUUCUGAUCCAUGGCGCCUGGCACGGGCCUUGGUGCUGGAAGCAUCAAAUCCCCGAGCUGCAAAAAUUCGGCUACCAAGUAGAAACGAUUCAUCUGCCAUCCGCUCAGGGUAUUGCUGGCAAGACGCAAUAUGACGACGCCAACGCGGUCCGCGGUCUUUUAGAGGCACUCUUGUCGGUGGGCAAGCGCGUGGUCGUCGUAGGGCACUCGUACGCAGGCCCCAUCGGCUGCGCUGCGAUGAUUGGGCUCUCUGAGCGAGAGCGAGCGGGCAAGCAGCUCGCAGGAGGCGUGCUGGGCUUGGUUGCUCUCUGUGCAUUCCUCUUCCCCGGGGGCAUGGAUCAGGGCGCGGAGAUUAGACGGAUGAAUGGGCUACCCUAUGUCGUUUUGGACUCACCAUCGGAUGGCUUGUUUGUCCCAAAGGACCCGCAAAGCAUGUUUUUCCCGCCUGAUGUUUCACAAGGCCGCGCCGACUGGGCCAUUCCUCAGCUUCGCCCGCAGAGCAUGGCGGCCAACAUGGGCAUUGUGCCGCCGCAGGCGUGGCAAGAGGAUGGGGACCACUACGCUGGCAAGCUGGGGUACAUUGCUUGCACGGAUGACAAUCUCGUCUCCUUUGAGAACCAGAUGGCCUUUGUUGACGGUGCUGGUGGUCGAGACAAUUGGAUAGUCCGUGAGCUUCGAGGCUCAAGCCACAGCCCAUUCCUGUCCCGACCGCAAGAGGUAGCUUCUGUCGUGCAUGCGAUGGUAGGGCAGUUCAACAAUUCGACCAGUCGCUAA